AUGUCGGUGCACUACACCCUCAAUCUGCGCGUCUUCUGGCCCUUGGUGACCGGCCUCUGCACUGCCCUUGUGUGCCUCUACCAUGUCCUCCGCGGAAGCGGGGGCUCCCGGGCCGAGCCCCCCGACGGUGCGGACGGCGGCUUCCCGCUGCUUAAGGUGGCCGUCCUGCUCCUCCUUGGCUACAUCCUCCUGCGCUGUCGCCACGCUGUUCGGCAGCGCUUCCUGCCAGGGUCUCCUCGCCUGGGGAGCCACUCCACCUUCUCUCCUAGACACUUCCGAGAGCCGAGUCUUGGCAUCUUGCUGGAGAGUUACUACGAGCACGAGGUGCGCCUAUCCCCGCACGUGCUGGGCCACAGCAAGGCGCACGUGAGCCGAAUCGUGGGCGAGCUGGUGCGGGCUGGCCGGGCCCGGGGGUCCCCCGGCCCCAUCCCCGGCGGGGCGCUGGCGUUGGCCUUCCGGGGAGACUUCAUACAGGUGGGCAGCGCGUACGAGCAGCAUAAAAUCCGGCGGCCCGACGGCUUCGACGUGCUGGUGCCGCUGCGUCUUCCGCCGCUGGUGGCGCUGGAGCCGCGGAGCCUGGGCGCCGAGCCCGAGCUGGCUCCGGCCUUCCAUGGCUGCUUCGUGUGCGCCCUCAAGGCGCCGCCGGGGGCCUCCGGGAGCCACUGGCUCCGGGACUGCAAACCCUUCGCCGACGGCUUCUGCGUCGACGUGCUCGGGCGGCGUCACCUCUCUGCCACGCUGGUGCUACGCUGGUUCCAGGCGCACCUGCAGCGCUCCUUGGCCACCGUGCGCUACAGUCUGGAGGGGCGUUGUCGGGUCAGCUUGACCCCGGGCGGCCUGGAGCAGCCUCCCACCCUGCACAUCCUGCCCUGCCGCACCGACUAUGGCUGCUGCCGCCUUUCCAUGGCAGUGCGUCUCAUCCCCGCUGUGCAUUUGGGCGAUGGCGUUUUCCUCGUGGCACCACCACCGUCACCCUCAUCCGUUGGGCCUCUGUCUGAGCUCCCUGGAGGCCUGCGUACGGAUGCGCUGUGGGGUGUGAACACAGCUCGGCAGGAGCAGAAACUGCUGAGCUGGCUGCAGGAAAGGGCCCCUCCAGGCGCCUGCUACCUCAAGUGCCUGCAGUUGCUUAAAGCUCUGCGAGACCUGGGCGCCCGUGGGCUGGACCCGACGGCCGCCACCCAGUGGGGACGCAUCCUGUCCUCAUACAUGCUCAAGACAGUGCUGCUGGCGGUGCUGUCGCGUGAGGGGGCUACUGCUCAAGGCUGGGACGAGGCACACCUGUGCGAGCGGUUGGAAGAAUUAGUGCAGUUCCUUAGGGACUGCCUGCUGCGACGCCAUACGCUCUUCCACUGUGUCCUGGGCCCUGGUGGGGCAGCUGCCGAGGUGGGCCCGCUGCCCAAGGUACUGCGUGAAGCUGCCCCAGUUGACCUCCUGGCUGCGUUUGACAAGCAAGCCCGGGAACUUGUGGCGGCGCGGUUGCUGUCCACCUGGCGAAGGCUGCCCCAACUUCUCCGGGUCUACGGGGGUCCUCGCUACCUUGCCAGGUGCCCCCCACCCCGGAGUCAGCGCACACAGGGGUUCCCUGAAGAUCAACCAUAAACCUUGACAGUGCCCCUACCUGGCCUAAUGCUCCUAGAGCCUCUCCCACCAUAUGGCGUGGGGAUGGUAAUGAAGCCAGUUUAAUGCAAGGAAAUGAGGUGCCAAAGGUGUUGGAAAAUUCAGAGGGUGACAUUUGGUGGCUUUUAUGUCCCCCCUGGCUCCACAAUCCAGUAUAGUUACGGCAACUUCUUCAUACCCACCAGCGUAUCCUGAGCAACCUACAGAAAGACCCCAAGACCAGCCGCUAAGAGUUGGUUCAAAUGUUGGUUUGUGUGGAAUGAUUCUGUGGAAGGGUCCAGCUCUUAGGGAAGCCCAAUGAAGGAAGCAAGAACUAGCUGCAGGGAAAGCCCCGUCUGUCAGUUUUUGAGACACAGAUCUCUGGCCCCCAAAUUUAAAGAAGCUAAUGUGUUUUUUAUUUUUGUUUUUGUUUUUUUGCUGUAACUACUUGCUCUGUCCUGGGUUCCUGAUUGUCUUUAAAGAAAAAUCUCAGUCUUUAUCUGCAACUGGAAUUGAAGUUCUAUUCUAGGGGCUAAUGUUCUGAGGAACACAGUUUCCACUAUUCAAAUUAAUAUUAAUGUGUUUUUUAAGUGGUGCAAUCACGGGUGUUUGACAGGAUUGCAAAGAAUUAAGUCAUAUGUGUUGAGAGGCAGUCGAGAGUGGGUUAGAGAAACUUCCAGAGCAUAUAGCACUUUAUUUUGAUCAGUCCUUUCAUUUCGUGGUAAUUGCCACUGCCAAAUGUUGCAUCCGAAAAGGAGACCAAUUACAUUUAUUAUUAAGAAAUGUGCAGUCUUAAAAAGCAGACUUGCUUAACAUCCCUGCAGGCACGCACUGGGAUAUGUACCAGUCAACACCCUUUCAGAGCCCGUCCAGAGCCCACCGGGAGCCAGGGGCGCAAAGUAGCAAAGAACACAUGUGUAGGACCACACUGGUGAGCAGGGAAAACACGUUGUGUUUUGAGGAAGAUACAUUUUCAGUCUUUGCCUCGCCAGGUGACUCACCAGAGCUUGCUGCUGGCUGGAGACAGAAACUGUUGUUGUUGUUUGAAGCCUUUUGAACAAACUCCUCUGUGUGGAAAUUUCUUUCUGAGUUUCAUGAGAUAAUGAGCAAAUGCCUGCCUCAGUGCCUAGCAGGUAGUUAGCUCUCAGUCAGUGCUCAGUGAUGGCUA